AGCUGCGUAGCUGUUUGCAUUGUAGCCUGCCAGCUGCGCAUUUGCGAUGGCUCGGCCCAGUCUGCGUCUCUUUUGGGCAGCGGCUGUGGCACUCCCAGUCGUCAUCGGCGAUGGAGAAAUCUUCCUCAGCUCCAGUUCUUCCACUUCUUCAGCGCCAGUGUCAUCUGAUUGGACUGCGAGCAAUGUAACCUAUGACUGCAACCCAUACGAGGGCCAAGAGUUCUUGAUCUUCGGCAACGGCAAUGGCAUCACAUCAGGUUCGUGCUAUGCCAGCUGGGACCUCCAUGAGAUCCAACUCUGGGAUGAGAAUGGUGUUCAGAUUCAGAAUCUGGGAGCCGUUUCCCUCACCGGCUCGGAUAAUGGCUAUGAAGCCUGGAAAGCCGUUGAUGGAACCGAGAGUGAGUUUUGGGCAGGCGACCAUGAUGUAGGCAUGAGCUGCAGUUGCUGGAAUUCUGGGAAGCUGGAUGGACAAGCAAUUCGAAUCCAAUUGCCGGGCUGGAAGAAAGUCUCCAAGAUCACGCUGACGCAAGGUGGAGCUGGUAAUGCAUGGGCCAUUUCUGAGAUCCGAAUCCACUGUGGCACCAGCUAUCAGUCAAACCCGUUGCGUUCGCAGAUUUCUUUCGGCUACACGGACAUUGAGUGCAAUGACAAUGGUUGUCAGACAACUCGCAUGGACCCUGCCUACUACCACACAUGUAACAUGGUGUCGAGAGCGUCUUCAUGUUGCCUCAUUAUGACCGCGCUUUUGCUGGGCUGCUCGGCUGUUUUCUGGUGA